ACGGCCACUACCACCGCUUCAGUGCGACUGUAAUACAAUGUACGAAAUAACGAUACAAUAGCGAUACACGCAAGCACGCGGUACGGCGACGACCGCGACGACCGCGACGAAGUCGUUUCUCUUUCAUUCGCGUCACGACCGUCGCGGUGCCCUGGGUACGUCCGCCGGAUCAGUCUUCGUACUUGUUGCACGGGUUCAGCACGCGCGUCUCGCCGGAGGCCGGUCCACCGCCGCAGCCGUUCGCGCCGGAAUUUUUCCCUUUACACUGUACUCAACCGCCUUCGUCGAGUCCAAUCCCACCCGCCAUAUCACUGUUACAAAUGAUGAUCGGCUGUUGGUCGUCGCUUGCGGCGUAACGCGGUCCGCGUCCUACAUUGGCGCGUCGGGGAUGCGACCCGCGCCACGGACGUCGCCAUGGUCGUCGUGAGUUGCCGCCGGAGGAUUCGCCGUGCAUUGCCGUGGGCGCUCGCCGUCCUGUUCACAUCGUGUCUGGUUUUGUGGUCGAAAAACGACGAUCCCACCGCCACCGCCGUGGUCCUUGUCGACCAGGCUUCCGCCGGAGACGGCGACUGGGUGUCCGUCAGGUAUAUAUACUCGAUAGUCAAUAGUGACAAUCGGGGUUCGGGACUUAUACGAGUUACAGCAUUUAAAAUCGACAAAAAAAAAAAAAAAAAAAACCACUCGAAAAAUUUCAUUAUAGCCCCGAAUAAAUCGUGUAAAAAUAUUUAAUAAACUGACGAGAAACCGUUUUUUCUUUUCUUUUUAAACUGUUGAAAUUAGCAAAAAAAAAAAAAAACCAACUCAAAUUUUAUAUUUUAACUCUUGAAUCUUUUCAAAACUACACUGGCUGAUUUGUAUUGCCCAAUGACGACCUGACAGGUUAGUAAAAUAAUGAAAACAAGACAACGGGAGUUGGAAUAAUAUAAUAAAUAUCAAAACAAUUAUUCAAAAAUCCACGGGGGAAAAAUCUGGGUUUUGUCAGUGGCUUAUUAAUUAUUAGUGUCAUUACGUAAUCGCAAUAGAGAAAAUAUGAAAAAAGUAGAAAAACUAAUAAAAAGCAUCUUUUGAAAACACUACCGAAAUAAACAAAAAUUAAAGUACUUUUAUACAUUUCUAUGUAAUUAUACGGCUUCUAACGACAAGCUAAAAAAAAUAAGUAAAUGCUUUAAGUCUCAAACCCUGGUCAUAAUAAAUAUUAUUACAAUGUAUUUUAUUAUACGAAGCGGUAGAUUAUUUUUACGAUAUUUAAUGUGUAAAUAAAAAUUAUACGAAAAUGAUUUAUAGUAAUUUAUCUGUUUAAGAGAUAGAUGCAGAAAAUUUAUUCGCGUGUUACUUAUAAGUAGUGGAUAAACUGGAAAAAACUCCGAAGUGGGAGUAUAUUUAUCAAAUAUUAAGCGGUGGCUCCCAAGCCAUUAAAGGCUGGUAACUAAACUCAACCGAGCUUUCGGAAGUCGAGACUUCCAAAAUGUUUUUCUUCCGCACACAUUUGUUCAUAAAAAUGUCACGUUAAUGUGGUUUAAAAAUAAACCGCAUCCCCAAAAAAAUAUUUAUAGAUAAGCCUGCUCAGUAAAAAUUAAGUAAAAUUGUCUUAUUGUGUAUAAGCGCAGUAGGCGUAAAGAAUUUAUUUUUAACACAAUUAAUUAGAGUUUUGUUAACUUUGAAGUAUAAAAGGGACGGAUCGUUUUACCAUGAACAAGAUAAAGGCUUCCCUUCCGAUUCACCCCUCGUCUACUUUACCUACUGCUUAUUAGUUUGGCCUUUUUGAUACCUGCAUAAUUCUGAGAAAAUAAAUUCUGCGUUCAUUCGUCUGCAGCUAUAUUUUUCGUGGAUAUAUCGGCAUAGGUCUUGGAGGUAUCGUUGAUACUGUAAGUGUACAGUAACGCGGAAAGCAUAUUUCAAACCUUGUUAUGCAAGCAAAUUAUUAAAAUAUUGUUCCGAAAUUACGUACCCACUUCCUCUACCCCCCCUAAAUUCUAAUGUCAAACAAUUGUUGUAUUGGGGAAACGUCGUUCACUACUUAAAAUAAAUUACGAAUACUAUGUCUGGGUGAGAAUGCAAUUCAAACGCUACAGAACUAGAAUGUAACUUCGGAUUCUAGUAUAUUUAUAAUAGUAUACCCACGCGUUAAAUUUUUUUUUCAAAUACUGACGGUGUCAUUUCUGAUUGUUCUGAAAUGGUUUUUUGAUAAUCUGUGAACAACAUUUCUACCAUAAAUUUUGCUCCGAUUUUCAAUUAUAGCACUAUUUUUGAAAGGAAAUUUGACUGGGGUUAUACGUUAGAAAGGCUACUUGAUUUUCCCAGCUGUUUUCAUAAUAAACGGGGAAAAAGUUUUUAUUUUGGUUCGGUUGAAAAUAUUUGUAGAGAACUGAAAUUUGGACAGAAAACUUAUGUUUGUCUUUUCUAGACGUAGACAAAUUCUCAAUAUAUUUUAUCUAUUUUUAAAUUAUUUAUAGACAUUUUAAUUUUGUGAGUUCUUUCUGUAAUUUUAUUCGGCAGGUACUCUGUGGAUAAAAUUAUUGGACCAAACAGAAAUGCUUGGAAAUGUAGCAGGAAAUUCAUUAUAAAUCGUACUUUGCGGUAAAAAAAAAUUGAGUGUAAUGCGGUGUAUAAAUAUAUAUAUAUAUUUUUAAUAAGAGUUUUAAAAUCAAAUUUUAACGAAAUUCGUAAAUAUUAUCCCAUCUUCUCAAGGAAAUUUGACUGGGGUGGUACUUUAAGGUGGUCAUUUUUUGAUUUUUCCAGAGAUUUUCAUAAUAAAUGGGGAAAAAAGGGAAAAUUUACGAAAUUUAUCAUCUUAAAAUCGCAAAAAUUACGGCCUUUCCAAACAUGUAUAACCGAACUCCGUUCAGAAUGAUUUUCCGUUAGUGAAGAUUAAUUGUUGCGCGCGGUUUUCCUUAAAUCUUUUUCUAUAUCCUACUUUCCCAACUUCUCACCUAUAACAGUGACCCACCAUUGUGCGAAGUAUGUCCGUAUUUUUUUUAAAACGUGUUUGAAAUGACUUCAAUAACCCUUAUUGUCCUAAAGUAAAAUGUAAAAGGUAACGUUUUACACUGAGCCUAGGUGUGAUAUAGGAUUGAAUAUAGAACCAUUAUGUGGAGUCCAAAUUCGUUUUAUACUUUUAAAUCCGGUUGGUCUAAUCAAAAAUGUCGAACAGGUUGCUAUAAAUCUUGAACUAAUGACAGUGGAAAAUAGACGACUUCUAUUCGACACUGUUUUCUUACACGGUGUUUUCGGUGGCAAUGUUGAUUGUCUAGAAUUUUCUUUAAAAUAUUAACUUUAAAUGUCCAAAUUAUGACUCCAGGAAAACUAAUACACGAUAACACAAUUUAAAGAAGAGAAAAUUUCCAGGUUGUGUCGUGGAUUUUUUUUCCAAAAAACACUGACAAACAAAAAAUGCACAGUCAUGUCAGAUUUUGUAUUUUUUAAAAUAGUGUCCGGAACGAGAUAGUGACUAUAUCCUACGUAAUUUUCAAGUUUAAAGUAUAUUACAUAUUAUAAGGAUGACAAUACAAUAAUUUUAUUGUAUUAUGAUGUUUUGUCUUGUCCGCGUGUACGUAAUGUGCGCGCACGCGGUAAAAUUCAGUCAAUCCUUCACGUUGAACGAUUUCAUCCGGCGGUCGUUGUCCCGGCGGAAAAAACCGGAGAUCGAUGCCUGCGGAAUAAUAAUAAUAGUAGUAAUAAUAAUAGCGAUAUAAAUAAUAUAUAUAUAUAUAUAAAAAAAAACAAUGUAACUCUAGUUUUAAUAACGGACCGACUUGAAUGGGUACCUACCCAUUAUGCCGAGCUAAAAAAAAAAAUCGUUUUGCUUAUUCGCUUCACGGUCAUCAUUGUAAAACCGAAUGCAAAUAUCGUUUUUGAUAAUACUCAACUAGGUAUUUAUAUACUAUAACGAGUCUACACUGUCUGCACAUCGUUAAUUAAAUAGGUACGCACUGCACAGUUCGUCCGAGCAAGAUAUUGUUACGAAAAAAAAAAAAAUAAUAAAAUAAAUAAAAAAUAAAUACAUUUAUGUAAUAAUAAUAGUAAUAGUUAAUAAGUAACGCCGUGAUUUUAUUAAUUUUAAAUACUAACAACGCGACUAUUAGUUCCUUCGGAAAACUCAUUUUUGGUCAGCGAAUAUACUUCGAAUGUUUUAAAGAUGCAAAUUUAUCGUUCGAUGGCAAUUUAUUUGAACUUAUUAAUCUGUUGACGAACCUUUGGUUUUAUUUUUUUUCGUUACUGCAGGAUUAUUAUAUUGGCCACAAAUCGCAAUAACAAGGGGGAAAAAAAACACGUCCGAUACUAUGAUAUUAUGUAACCUUACGAGUUUAUCAUGCUUAGCUUAGCUCGGAAUAGUCUAAUUGAUCGCAAUGACUUAUGGUCACCGUCGAUUUAUAAAGGAAAUUGCCCUUUUUCACAUACAUUUUCCCAACUGUGUCUACAAUAUAAUAUUGGCCUACCCACUGUGCGAAGAAUGUCCGAUUUUUAAAUUUUCAAACCGCGUUUUCAUAAUGAUACCUGCUUAAAGGUAUUGUAGGGAAAAUGUAUUAAUUAUUAUUAGGUACCUAAAUAGUUGUAUAUGCCCGUCGUACAUAACGAGUUAUAACCUCUAAAAGCAAGGACGUUCCCGGGGACCUCUUGUUACUCUAGUACUCGUUUAAUAACUAUUAGGGACUUCCUGUUGGGAAUAUUUAACUUCUCGGACAUUGCCUGUUUUGUUCCCAAUAAAUGAAACCUUACCAAUAUUACCUAUUCGGAAGCAUUUUAAUCUCUCCUAGAACCGACUGUUUUGGCCCAAAAAAUUAGUGUCUACUGCGAGCUUUCCGUCGCGAAGAAUUAUUAUUAACGUUUACACUAUACGCGUAUGGACUAUCGACGUAUAAUUUUUAUUGUUAUUUUUCUUUUGCUGUAGCGAUUUCGGCGUACAAACAUUUUUAUCGGGAAUCGUUUUUUCCGCGGUCAUUUUUAAUUUGACUAUUAUAACCUUGCUUAACCGGUGACUAUUUAUUAUUGGUUAGGCGUGACUCGGAUACGGAUUUCCGCAGUGGCGGCUUCAGGGGUGGGGUUGGGACCGUGGUUCCCCCGAAGCCCGUAUUUUCGUUUGAAACAACUGUACAAAAAAAAAAAAAAAAAAAUAUAAAUGUAUAAAAUAUGUUUUAAUACAGUUUUCUGAAAAAUAUGACUUGCCCUCAUCCUACCAACCAAGUCUCCGUAGCCGCUCCUGACCGCGAUGUAAUAGCGACGUUCUUUUAACGUUUAGUCAUAAUAUUAUUGUAUCUGUUAUAAAAUAUUUACCUAUACUGUAACGAUUCAGUGGAUAAUAAUAAUGAAUAAUAUUUGUAUACGAUAGGUAAUUCGUUAAAUCUUUUGUGUAUUUUUUAUAGACGUAAACGUAAACAAUUGGUACUAUUUUACUUUUCUUUAAAAGGAUUUGUAUGAUAUAAGAUACCUACAAUAAAAGAAAAACGGCAAAUAAAAAAAAAAGUUUUUCUUAAUCGUUAGUAUAUAUAUUUAUAAAUACGGGAGGUUUGGAUACAAACGGUUUUUGGUUUUACGCGAUGAUGAAAUAAUAAGUAAACCACGCGAUACCAUACCUAGAGACUAGCUGCAUUCAUGAAUAAUUAUGAAUGGGUAUGGAUAACCGAAAUUUAUCGUUCGUCGGGAUUUUGUAUUUUGAAACUGAAGUUUUAGAUUUAUUUAUGUAUAUUUUUAUAAUCAUAAAACUUCAAGAAAUAAAAUCCGUAUUAUAAUAUUAGAAGUUAUAAAAUAGGAAAAAUAAAAUCGUCUUUUAGGUAUAAAAAAAAAAAAAAAAAACCAAUAAGUCGAAUAGUAAUAUUGUUAGAACCAUAAUUUCGGAUUUCGGUGACCGAAAGUCGAAACCUCGAGUCUUUAGUAUUUCUUGAAAAUUCGGAUUUUUAUCACACAUUAAUAACUAAUUAAUAAGACCUAAAUACCUAAUUAUUACUCGUAAUGUGUAGGUACGUAUAAUUAGAAUCGUACAUUCGCAUGUGUUUUUAUCGUAGAUUAGUUUUUGAUUCGAUGUAAUAAUAUUAUUGUUUGAUUGAAUUAAAUACAUAUUAUUACUAUACAAGUACCUAUUAUAUAGUUGUGGUUUUAAUUAUGACUGUUUAAAUAUCUAUAGGUGUAAUAAGUGUCACGUCGAAUGAGGACAAUAGUAAUUUAAAUGAAUAGUUAUUUUGUUUGAUGCGUAGAUACUAAAUAUAUAUACCUACAUAUGAAACAAAAAAAAAAAAAAAAAACAUUUAAUUAUAAAUCGAAUGAACUCAUUAUUUUAAAUUCGGAGCGUAGCGAGGGAUUUAUCGGUUUUACUAUGAUGUAUGUUUUUGAUUUUUUGUAUAUGUAAACAAAUUAUUUAUUGGAAAUCUUGCUGCGGUGUAUAGAGUGUAGCACUUUUACUGAAAGGUAAUUUGGUUUAUUUGGUGCAUCAAAAUAAUUGGGAACCACCCGAAAGAAAAUUAUAGGUAAAACGGCAAAUAUUUAAAGCGCGCCGCGGCCUUACCGUUUCCAUUGUUUUUAAUUUUUGAUUACGAUGUUGUUUACCAGAAAUAUUGCUCCAUACAAGAGAUUUUUUAUGUUGAAUUUUCAAUUUAGGUAAUAAAGACAGGAGAUAAUGUAAUUUUGCACCGCAUACUAUUUUCUAGACUUGAUAAAGUUUCCAAAAAUUUUACUGACUUUAUUUGACUUUUUUUUUUGAUUUAUGUUUUAGACUUUAUGACUCUGUAAACAAGUUUUAAUAAUUUAUACAUUCAAUAUAAGAUUUAUCAUAUAUGUUAUCUAUUCUUACACGGGUAAAAAAUACUGAUAUUAAUGAUGGGUGUACCAGGUGUUUUAGGAGAGAUUUUUGAAUGGGGGAUUUAUAGAGUGAUCUAAUUUAUAUCUUUAUGCAACGAUAAAUCACUGCUAACGAAAAAUGUGUCUGAGCAGAGCGAUAUUAUAUUAGUCGUAUUUUGUCAUUGUCGCCUAGGUAAAUCAGAUAUCAACAAAGAGUAUACAAAAAUUGUCAGUUUUUAUUAUUUAUUAAAAAAAAAAAAAAAAAAAAUCAAAAAAUUAUCCUCAUUGCAUCAAAUAGAUAAUAAAUGCCACAUGCAAGUUCCUGUAAACUUUUUGGUUGGAGCAAUAUUUUUAACAAAAGUUAUUUACUGUAAUAAACACAAAAGAAACGUAUCAUGGGAAAUUAAUACAUUCCUCGCUUCGUUCAGAAUCUAAAAGUUAAUCGUGUAGUUACUACAUUUUGACGAAACCCGUUGAGAAUCAAGUACAACUGUUAUAAAUUAUUGUUUCGUUUAAUUCAAAAUUAGUAUAACUACUUUGAAUUUAGUAAAACAAAAAAAAAAAAAAAAAAAAAAAAAUCGAAAAUCCGAAGAUUUUUCAACCGUUAUAAUAUAAGAAAAUGCGUAUAUAUUUUGUCUCGCACGUAAAUCUUAUUAAUAUCUCAACUAGAAACCCGUUAAAAAAAAUUAUCUACCGUAAGCAAAUCGUGAUGAUGAUGGGUGCGGCGGCGGCGAUGGGCAUAUAGGUAUUGCCGAUGAGACUCUAAUAUAAUAAUUCAUAUUAUACUUAUAUACUGGACAUACCUAUACCUACCUAAAGUGUAUACACGUAAAUAAAAUAUGACUUUAAUAUUAUUAUAUAUACCUAUUAUAGGAAUUUUAUUAUUUUUAUUAUUAUACUAUAUAGGAGUUGCGUAUGAAAACAUCGUUCGUGGUGAGGCCAUGUGAUAGUCAGAAGACGUAAUUUUGCACGCGUACGCAGUCAUUAUUGAAUUUCGAUCUCGUAUAGGUAGAGGUACGUGCAUAAUAACAUAGCUAGUGGGUACUCUACCUACGAACAUGCCGGCUAUUGCGGUUUGUAAAGUAUGCGAUAAAUAAUCGACUAGCCUAAAAAAAGCAAAAAAUAAUAAUAAUAACAGACGACGUGGUCGCGUGUAUUGUGUUAUUAUUAUUAUUACUAUUAUCAUCAUCAUGCAAAAUUAUGCGCCGGUACGCCGUGAUUGGAAACGGUAUACAUACCAGAUACCUACUCGCGUAUAGAGAAAAAUAUUGUCGUCAGCAGCUGCUGUUAUAUUGUAAUGUAAGUGUAAGAGACCUAUCGACUGCGAAAAUGAUUAUACACGCGGCAUAACAAUGCUCGGUUUGGGUUUCAAUUACCGAUCGUAUAGCGCAUCGACUGCAGGUCGUUCGCAUUCUCUUCUGCUGCUGUGUGCAGAUGACGGUCCUUGAAAAAUCGGUUUAAUUUUUUAUUUCCACCCGUCCGUCUACGCAAUAAUAAUAAUAAUAAUAAUAAGUUGGUUUCGUCGUGAAAUCUUUCGAAACGUGUGAGUAUAAUAAAGUACUCUUGCCGACGACGGUUCCGCCACCAUUGUGACGAGGUGGGUACACAAAUAGGGGAUUUAUCGAUUCCGCCGUUUUAACAUCGAUUCCGCCGGCUAUCGACUCGGCUGGACAUAUGUAAAUACUGAUUUCGCCGGCUAUCGAUUCCGAUUAUACAAUUAAUAUAUUAUUUGGAAUAAACAGGUUUAGAAACAAUGAACAUUGAGUUUUAUUGGCUAAAUCGGAGAAGAAACUGAAAAGUUUUUGAAAAUUCCACGCAUAAGAAUGGUAAAAUAGGAGGGUAAAAAACAAAAUGUUUGGGGACGGGAGGUACUAAAUUGGGUACCAAAAUAUACAAUGUAUACACACACUAAACUAUACAGACGCAUACAAAUGGACAAAGUUACGAGUAAUACAGAUACCAUUACGUAUAUAAGUAUAAAUAUACAUAUUUAUUCCAUUGGAGAUCGCGUAUUUCCACUUCGGUUUCAUAUCGUAAUCCGUAAAAGUUUAAUCGAAAAACCGGAAAUCAGAAAUCCAACUACAAGUCAACAUUUUCCAAUAUGGUCUCGUGUUCAAGUAACAGACAUUUGGUAACGGUUGUAAUCAUUUGCGCCAUGUUAUACCGUGUAAAAAUUAAUUUUGAAAUAAUUGUUAGUGAAAGAUUUGUACCUACUAUCCAUUGAAAAAAAAAAAGAAUUUGAAUCAACUAGUAAUACAGUUCGGCAGAGUCGAUAUCCAGUGCAAUCGAUACAUUUUUUACAUAUAAAAAAAGAUAUUUCGGCGGAAUCGAUGUAUGUUCCGAAAAUAUAGAGCCAGUUUUUUGUAUUUUAAAACGCAAACUGCAUCUAUAUGUAUAUGUAAUAGGUACCCAUUAAGGUUUUGAUUUUUUUUUUUUACAGACUAUAUCCUUUUCUUUCGCCGUAUUUAAACAACUAUCGAGAGGGUUUCAGUCUUUCGGUCUCAGAUUUUUUAUAGAUUCUUUUCAAAACCGUUCGCCGAUCCACUUGCCUCACGUCGAACGUCACUAGAACGUCGUCCCACCUGACCUUAACCCGGGUCGUUUCAGGUUCAGCGAUCUUUUGCCUGUUAGAUAAUUACAUUUUACCGGGUGCAUAGACGUUUUUUCCAGGGUACCGUUCGAGUUUCUAAAUCUCUUCAUUGUUUCGGAUCCAAGCAAGGAUCGAACAUUUUGCUCUAGAUUCUUCUUUCGAAUAUUAGUAGAUUAAGUUCUUGUAUUUUGUGCACCGUCAAUCGUUUAUGAUAUCUUAUUUACAACAUUAUCAAAAUGUUAUCCUUAUUCCCGUAAAUAUACCUACUGCAUUAACACAUGGUGAUUUUCAAAUUUUCAAAGAGUGACCCGUUUUCUUGUUCAAAAAGAUAAUAAUAAGUUUAUAAGUAAAAUAUAUUUUAAUAUAACAGUUCAAUGUCUGGUCGGAGGAGUCAGUAGAGGAUAUGAAUGCAUGCGAAUUUCUCAUGUUGUUUAAAUUUUGUAUAGGAAAAUAGUUACAUUUUGAAAAUAACAUGAAUAUUAUCAAUGCGUAUUAAUCAAUCAAACUGAUUAACAAUAUUGUCCGAAAAUACCAAAAUCAAAUAUACAAGAAAUCUUUGUCGGUACACGAUGUUAAAACAAACACCCCGUAUAAUUUGUUCCGUAGUCAUAAUAGGAGUAGGUACUUGCGCACGGUGCUGCACGCACGACGUAGUUUUCGUUGUUUCCGUUUCGUUUAGUCUUCGCGUUAUAAUAUGUGUAUAGGUAAUUGUAUACGUAGUUAUGUAGUAUAUAUUUGCACGAGCGCGCGCUGUAGAGUAUUUAAAUUGACCGAUUCGACGCGCGUUGUAUUAAACGGAAUCGGUGGGAAGUCUUUUAUUAUUAUUAUUACGUUUUUACGUGUUCGCUUAGCGGCGGCAUCGAUCAAAAUCUAAAAAUCACCGCUUACACGGUUUUCGCGAUUUCGUCGGUCACGUGAUAUAAAACCGACGGGUUAUCCCGAUAGGGACGAUUUCUUAGCUACGUAUAAUUCAAUACAAUGUAUUCUGUCAUCGUCGUCGGGAAAUAAUAUAAUCAUUUAAUCACGACGACCGGAAACAAUCAAUGUCGAUCGUGUAACAUUAUCAGCACUCGAGUUUCAAAAUGCAAAGCGUACAGUCUGGCGAAGAACCUAUUAUAUAGUUUUAAGAAUAUGUGCUGUUUUUUUUUUCAGAAAACACAUUUUCGGGUAGCAGAAAAAUAUCGUGUUUUUUUCCCUUCUUUUUUUUUUUACAGUUUUACCAUAAAAGAUCAUGAAUUUUCGCCUGGUGGUAUUUAAUUUGAAACUACUACCGAAAUUGUCUGUAAGUUCACCCUGUAGGUUUCGAGUUGACUCGGGUACGAGAGAAAUACGCUCAAGUUAUAUCUAAUCUUACUGUUUAACUAUUUCGCUAAGGAAUCUUUUUUUUUUUUUUUCUGAGGGUUCCGAAUCAAAGUAUUUCUAUGACGGAUACUGAAGACUGUGAAAGCUUGUAGUUUAAUUGAAAAUAAUUAUUAUCCGUAUUUUCUUGACACCCGACAAUGAAUAACGACAACCUGGAAAAGAAAUUUUAAUUUUGAUUUUUUUUCAAACCAUAUUUAUGUUUGAAACUUAGUGAUCUGAAAGCUUAAUAACAAACACUUACUCUACAAAUAUAUUAUAAUUGAUACACGCACACAAGUAGAAGCUAACCACGGAGUUUUUUUUCAUUAUUUUUAUUGUGUUCAACCUUCCAAAAAAGGGUAAUCGGUUAAAAAAUGUAAUACCUACGUAAUGUUUUUGUGGGUGUUUGCGCGCGUGAUCGGAAUCUGUACCUACGUCAUUGCCGACUAAGAAAUACGAUAUUAUGGAGUAUCUACCGUAUACUAUUAUGUAUUACAGUCGUUAGUCAUUCAUUCCCUUUCACCCAAAGUGUUUACCGACAUCAUAUUCUACGGCCAUUUACAGGUUACCGUACGUACUAAGACUUAAGAGAACGUCACACAUUCAAGACAACAACACAAUUUUGUUUUAGCCAUCUUAAAAACGCACAGCAUAGUGAAUUUGUGUCCACAGAACCGAUUUUGUUAAUUUUAAUAUUGAAAUGAAUUGAUUUAUCAAUUUUGAAACAUCAAAAUUCACCUGUUGACUGUCAUCAGUACAUAUUUUCUAAGUAUUAGUAAAGGUCAUCAUACGUGAGGCCAUGACGAUUAUUAUGGGUUUUAUCUAGAACGGUUUGUUAGUACCUAUACCGUAAAUUAUAUUGAUAUGUUAUAAGUAAUUUUAUAUUUUUUUUUUGCUAACUGAAAAAAUCAUAGUAUUAUUAAUACUUUGAUAUUCAUAAUUAAUAUCCCUAUUUUAUAUAACGCGUAUGUGUAUGAAUUUAUAUGCACAGAAUAAAAAAAAGACACUCUGUAUGGGUACAAUUUUGUGUAAUCAUAAACGAAAUAUCAAUGGUGUAAGUGCGUUCUAUUUUUUGUAUUCAUAUCGUUAAAGUAAAUGCAUUAAAAAUCUCAUUUCAGCCGACAGGUUACAAUUGAAAGUAUCACUUUUGCGUUUGUACAUUGGUUUUUUACAAAAUUGUCAUUCUUAUGAGAGAUACAAUAGUAUGCGAAACAUCACAAUUGUAAACGCUUGUAUUUUUCUUGGAAAUUAGAACAUAGAAAAAACCAACUUGUAUGUAAUCGUUUUUAAAAUUUAAGAUUUUGAUUGUAAGUCAAUUCACAACUUGAUUGGCACAACAUCGAUUUUGCUGUACCUACGAAAAUUUGCUAAUUCGUGACGAUGCGUUCUUAUAACGAAGAUGACAAACGAAUGCAUGUGCGUAAACGAAAAAAAAACCAGAGAGAUUGUAACUCGUUUAUAUCUUUAGGCACGAAUAAUUUUCGGUAUUUUAUCAGAUAGUUUUUCUCGUAAUUCGUUGGUUUUUACAGGAUUAACGGCGAAACAAAAUUGAUAUAAUUUCUAAACCUGAUGUACUGCUAUAAUAAUAGUAGGUCUAUAAAUAUUAAAUUUACAGUUUUAUAGUUUUGUCCUUCCACUUUUUUUGAUGUUCGUAUUUCACUACGAACGAAAAUACUAUAAGUACCUACUUAAAACAGUAAAACCUGAUAUUUCUUCUCGAUUGUGGUUCAAAAUUACUAAACGAAUUAUUUUCAACUUAAUUUUUUACAUUAUUUUUUUUUAAAAUGUAGGUGCUUUUAGAAAAUAAUUCGUACUUUACGUGAUUCAUAGAUAUAAUAAAUAAGCGAAUAGGUAGUCAAAACAGUUACUUUAUAUAUUUGUUUAGUGUUUAUAAUGAUAGCUUUUUAUUAAAUAUAUGUAAUAUAUUUAUACAAGUUCUAGUUUUAUUGUUAGCCGUUUAUUGAAAAAAAAUAAAUGUUUUAAAGUUUUAGAUCUUGAGUUUAGCAAAGAAGCUGUUUAGUUUUACAAAAAUGGUUUUAUUUCUGGGAAAACUUUUUUUCGCUUAGUAAAAAUAUUUCGAUAUUUUCAUACCAUACCUUAAAAGAUAAAGAGUUUUGUUAGUUGGUACUUAUUAUUUUAACUAGGUAUAUGCAUUUAUUUCUAGUUUCUAAGAGUUUCUGACAUGGGAUGAGGCUAUGACUGAAACUAUAACUUUACCAGUUUAUCGAGUUCCGUUCAGAAUGGUUGUUUUGAUUACAAUGAUUUAUUGUUGUUUUGUAUAAUUAAAUUAGGUAUCCGAUAAUAUCUUCCUAGUUUACUACUUAUAUUACAGUGGCUUACCCAGAAAAUUAUUUUAGAAUUUGAAUAUAACAUCAUAAAUAUAUGAUAUUAUUCCAUUCUGAAUCGUUUUCCGUUUGUAAUGGUUUAUAUAGAAACUAAAUUACCUUUUUUUUUUUAAAUUUAUAUUUGAUUUAGAUGAUCUAAUUAAUGUAUCAGAUGAAUGUUUUUAUGUAUAGAAUACAGACAUUAUUAUUUUGUAAUUAUCUCACAUUCUGCAAAUGUAAUUAUACAGCUCGAUAAAAUUUUAUUCUUGAACUAUUAAAACUGUUGUAUUAUUUAUUUUGACAUUAUUUCUUCACGCAGGUAUCUAUAUAAUUAGGUACCUGCUACACACAUCAUUUCUAUUGGAACAUUGAAACGCAUACUGUACAUAAUAUAAUAAUUGUAAUUAUUUUAAUAUUAUAUUCCGUAUUGAUAAAACCUAUGCAUCGUGUUUCUAAAUAUUUAGCCAUCAAUGUAGUACUGUUUUUCAGUGUCUAUCUAUUUUUGCUGACAUUUCGUAGUUUUUAAGAAAACCGCCGUUGUUUGCAGGAUCAUUAUACAAUUUGAGAUAUAUCUUUGCACGAAGAGUAGUAUAAAUUCGGCAAUGGUGGAAGUUAAUGUAUAAUAAAGACGAGUAAUAGCCUAGUUUUCCCCUCUUAAAACAAAAUCAUCGUGAUGAUAUACUCUCAAGAAGGCAACAAGUGAGUUUGAAACGUAUUUAUUGGAGCGAAAAUAAUUACAAUGAUACCUGCAAUGGCGUAAUAAUAUUUUCUUCAUUGUAUAAAAAAAUAACAUAGCAGUAGGUAUAAUAAUAUUAUUUCGUGUAUCAUCAAUUUAUUCUUAUUUUUCUAUUGUCGGUUUGUCUAUCAUCUAUAUAAUAAUAUCAUAGUAACCUUAAUACGUUAAUAUAUUGAACAUCUCGGUCAAAUUGACGCUAUUUGUAUUAAAAACUAGAAUUAUGUAUAAAACUGUCCGAUUUUUCAGUGAAAAAUUUCGAAAACAAAUUGAAAAUUGCUGUAUCGUGAAACUAAAAGAAAUUAUUCUUGGUAUAAGCUAGUACAUUUCGAAUUUAUAUUGUAAACGUAUCAUACGUAACAUAUUUUAAGACGAUUGUCUUGUAUAAUAACCGAACAAAAAUGAUAAUUAAUGGUUUAAAGAGAAACUAUCAAGAUGGAGAUAUCGAAAACCUUUGUAACUUUAAAUUACACUUAGAAAGAUCCUUGUAUAUUUACAAUAUUAGACAAUAUUAUUAUUAAAAUAUUAUAUUUAAGUAAAAAAAAAAAAAAAUUGAAAUAGAGAGACAGUUCAAGAGAGAGACUGCUGGUGAUGAAGUGUAGUUAUAGCGGCAAAAACUCUUAAAGAGUAAUUUCCAGAAGUAGAAGAACUUGUAAUUAUUUGCAACUAUUUUUUAAUGGUAACUAUGAUGGAGAACGAAAUCCUUGAAAAGAGAUUUUAAGUGUAUAAAAUUUACGAAUUUCGUACACUUUUUAUCGAAUAAAAUCGAUUAGGUAAAAUAUUUAUUUUUUUUUUAAGCAAUGCAUAAUACAUUUAAUAUUAUUAUAUUUUUACUUGAGUUUUUUUUUUUGACAUGUAGUUCAACAAAAUCUAUUUAAUAUGUGAUAAAGGUAAAAAAAAAAAAAAAAAAAUAAUAUAAUAAACCACCAUAUCAGAUCGAUCGGCCGUAAAAACGUCAAAGAAAUUCGGAUGCGUCAAUACACAAUAUCAAUCACGAAAAUAUAUUUUUUUAUUAACGGUUGUCAUAUAUAAUGGUCAAAUUGUUAAAAAAAAUCGAUAUUAUGCUAAAUUACGAGUUCGCAGAGUAAUUUUAUGCAGAAAACUCGUCUAGAUUUUGUAAAAAAAAAAAAUUAAAAUUAAAAUCUGUAGUAUCUAUUGCAUUAGUUCAGCAUCUGACAUCGUAUCGUAUAUUUAUAGGUUACGAGCGUACAUUAUUACGAUGUUCGUAUUUUUCUCCUGUCUUUUACGACAGUACGAUAUACUCUUAAGGAGGUCUUUUUUUGAUCUUUCUUGCAGUGUAAUAUUUGGGAAAAAAACGAAAGAAAAACGUGAAAAUUUACAAAGUUACCGUAAGAUUUCCGUUUUUUUUUUUAUUUUAUUAUUUUGUUGUAAUUCAAAUAAAAAUAGUCUUAAAACUAAAGUUUUCACAUAAUAUUUAUAUUAGCAUAGUCAAAUUUCCAAAAUAUCUUGGCAAUUUUUGAGCUAUUUAAUGUUAUUUGAAAUAAUUUUCGAAUUUUAAUUUUAUAUGUUUUCGUCUAGUCAAAAUGUUUGAACAUUUAUCACGAGGUUUGUCGUAAGUUCUAUUUAGUAAUAAAAAAAGUUGAGCGUAAUGUAGUAGUUUUUUUAAAAAAAUAAAUAAACUGUACAAAUUAACGCAAGAAAAAUGAUUACUUUUUCGUAAAAUGAUGUUUUGGAUGCGCAUAAUGUCAUAAUACUCGUGUUGUAUUCGUCAUAAUAAUGGAUACCAUGAUCCGUAUGAUCGCAUUAUGUUGUGACUUCAUGGACUUCACGGUAGAAAAUGUGUGAUUAUGUUUACGAAUCUAAUCGGCACUUGGUUUUUGACAAUGCAGGUCCGGUGUAACAGGUUAUUCAAAAAAGUGACAGACUAAUAGUUUUUUUUUUGUAGAAAUGUAAUUUACGUUGGAUUUUCGUCUUUAAAUUAAAUAUAGUUAUCUUAUAUUUUGUGUGGGUUAUCGUCUAAAUAUGGAAUUUAUAAUAUCUCAGGAAUUAAAAACUCUGAAAGAGUUUUCCGCCAGAUUUACAUAGAGUGUAUUAUUUUGUCUAGAUGAUUAUUUUUGUUGAUUUUCAGAAACCUAACUCAUUAUGCUAAACUCAUCUCGGAGUAGACUUUUUUUUUAAACAAUUUUUUACAUAUAUUUUCUAAGUUUUCAUACAAAUCUUUGUCGGUUUGUUUAAUUUCAGUUACGACUUAAAGGUCCACAUGCUGUUGUAUGCCGUCUAUGCCAAAUACGCGUCAGUCAUUAAAAGUCGCUCGUUCAGUUUCAAAUAAUACAGUUAAGGUGUAACUUGUUUGUAAACCUAGCGUUUUUAUUGUCAGAUAAUACUCUGCAUGUCUUUAAACAUUCGGUUCACUCACGGUUUCUGGUUUUCUAGAUUUUUGUCUGGACGUCAUUGUAAAAUCGAUUUUCUGUAAGUUUGUUUUUACGUCAUUUAGCAAUGUGACUCUCAGUAUAAUAAUCUUCGGACACAUUGCGUAGUGUAUUUUGUAUUUUUUGCUCUUGCAUAGAGCUACGUUGAUUAUACAUUGAAUUUAAUAAUAUUUCGACAUUCAAACGUGAACAUACAAUCAUAUAAUCAUAUUCAACUACAUUAAAAUAUAUUUCAUAACGGUAUGCCGGCAUAGACUAAUAAUAUUCCGCAUAAUAAAUACGCAGCGCGGAAAAUGUAUUCCGAGAUGCGGACCGUUAAACCGCAAAACAAUUCGAAUGGACUUCGCAUCGUUGACGGAUAAAGUACGUAGGUUUUAUUUGAUUGUGUUGUGCCUACUCGUGUAUUUCCAUAAUAUAACUCUUGAAGUUGUUCGAACGCUGGUUCCUAAAACCACUGGGCUUAGGAAGCGGUUUAAUGAUGAUGAUUUAUCGUCACCUAUACGAGGUUUUUUUUUUUUUUUAUUUAUUAUUUUAUUUCUCACGUUUGGAAAAUAGUUUCGCAGCGUUAGAGUUUUAUUGUAGUGUGGAUUUUCUUGUCGGUGAACCAUUUUCGGGAUAGUAUUACUGUAAAUGUUUUCCUUGACGCGAUAUAUACAUAUACAAAAAUCAUAUCGAUAUUCUUUAACAUGUAAUCCGUACAGAAAUCCAGAGAACCAAGAAUUAAAAUAUUUAUUUAUCUACAAAAAUUUGUAAAUUAAGAAUCUUUGUUACGAAUGAUCUCUGAAACUACUUAUCUAAUCGAUAUAUGGUUUUUUAUAUGAUAGAGUACAUCAUGGAGCAGAUUUUAAGACUAAUUCCGAUUUAGUAAGUUAAUAAACAAUUGUGUUAUUAGAUUCCGAGCGUAGCGAGAGAGCUAUUGGUUUUACAAUGCUGUUUAUUUAUUAUUUUUUCUUUCUUUGUUCUAGUCUGUGGACACAUUUUUUUCUAGUAAAUUUGCUUCGAUUUUUACGUGUAGCAGCUUUUAUAAAUGCUCAAGUUUUCUAGAAAAUAAUUUAAAGAUGUCAAUUUCGACGCCCAUUUUUAAGAAAAAGCACUGGAAUGGGAAAAAACGAACGUAGGAAAACGUACAAUUUCACGAUUUCAUUAUUUUAUAAAAACACUGAUGACGUUUACUAUCAGAAAAAAUGAUUUAAUCAAAAAAUCAUUAGAUAUCCUUUUUGUUGUCUUUUUGAUUUACUUUCUUGCAGUAUUCAUCGCCAAAAUUUUUGAGCUUUAAGGAAUUUUAAUUUUUGGGAGUAAUUUUGCUGUAAUUCGGUUAUAAAUACACGUAGAGACUUGAAACUGAGUAAUAAUUUUUACAUUUGAUUUACUUAGACGUGGUAAAAUUUACAAAAUGAUCGGAUGUUCAUUCCCAAGUCGCCGACAAAAAUUUUUUUUAAUAGUUGCUUGUGAUGUAGGUUGCUAGAGGUACACUUACUCUUGACUCCAUUCCACUAUAGCUUAUGUUAAAACAACUCGUUUUCGCUGUCAUUUUUACGGGGAUUGCACUAGUUUUCUUAAAUUGUCACUACUAAACUUAAAUUAUGAAAAAAAUAAAAAAAAAAUAUUUUUAACAUCUAAUAUAAUCGUUGAUUGCCUAUUGUUAUUGUCAAUAACUCCGAUUUCCGAUAGUAUUAAAUUCAAAUAUUUACUUUAGCUCAUGCCGCGAACGCGACGCUGGAAUUUCUUUAGUAAUAAUAAUUUUAUUGCGACAACAAUAUUUCAAUUUAAAAUGAAAAUAUAUAACCGAUUUAUUUGUCUACGAAAUGGGAAGAUUUUUAAUACCUUAUAAAACUGGUUUAUUUGUCGGCAAAAUGGGAGUUGGCGACGUGGGAAGACACUAUCUCUCCAUUACCGCCGAAGAACCACUCGUUAUCCGCAUCGUAACAAAAAUACCUAUAUUAUUGGAAACGUUUAGUAUAAUGCGAUUUACAUGGAAUAUUAUGUUCACUACGUAUAGUUAUACGCAGCAUUUGUCAUCGGGGCGAAAUAUUAACUCCGUCUUGUUCAAUUAGUUACAUAUUUAUUUUGGUCAUCGAGUGCGUUUUUACGGUGCAACAAUAAUAUGUUUAAUAAUAACUCACUAAUAAACGUUCACAAAAACAGUCACUAUACGAGUUUAUGCACAAAACGAUUUGCAUAAUAUGCUUGACUUGCAUAUCAUGGGCAAGUUAUUGUAGUAGGUAAUCAUUUAAACGCAUUGAAAUUUCUAGAAAGUGUAAUUCUAUUAAUAUAUAUGUAUUUAUUGUCUUAUAUCGUAAAAAUGUUCGAUGUUAAAAAUUAAACUUUAUUUCUUAGUCCGGAUUUCGGAUUUCAGACAACAAAAUCUGAAUUUCAAACGCCCAAAUGUCUAUUUAUAAUUCGUAUUUUCUGUUCUUUUAUAUAUUUUUUUGUAUUUAUAUUAAAUACAAAUUACGAGAAAAAUUAAUUUAUUAUUUAUAAAAUCUAUUAUGAUUUUAUAGCAUAAUUUUAUAAUUAUUAUAUAAAUAAUAAUACAUAAAAGAUAAAAAAAAAAAAUGAUCUAAAAUCUAAGUUUUAGAAACUGAAAUGCGUAGAUUUACAAAAAGUUUCGGAAUUCGAAAAUUCGGAUUCAUAUAGUUUGAUAAAUCGGAUUUUUUCUUUAUAACUAAUGUACAUAUUCCAAUCUGAACUACUCUCUAGGAAAACUUAAAUAAGACUAAACUUGAUAUUUAUGGUUGUGAAGUAUGAAUACAAAUUCGCUUGAUGGAAAGGAUAUUAUAUAGAUAAUUGGUUCGCAACCUUUCUUAAAACUGCCACCCCUGAGAAGCAAACUAUUUUUUAACGCCCCUCUCUAAAAAAAAGUAAAAAAAAAAAAAAGAAUAAGUGAAUUGUAAGGUGGAAUAAUAAGUAUAAAAAAGUGUUGAAUUGAAAUUUUUUAAACAAUUGUAAUAAUCAGUGGGAUAUAUUAUACAUAUCCGACAUUGUCUAAUAUAUUAUUUAGACGUUCGAGAACAAUAAAUGAAGAAAGAUAAUUUAUGAAGAAGAUAUCGAAGGGAGCUGUAUGUUAUAGAAGACUUGGUAGACUUAACGUUCUCGAAGAUGAUGUAAGAGUGGAAGACUGGAAAAACGUGGUUCAAGACAGGGAUAGAUAGCGCGAUGUUGUAUUGGUAGUGAUAGCUCUUAGAUAGUCAAAAGACGAAGAAAAGGUACGUACUUAUGGAUAACCCGCUAUCGCGAUCAACGAAAGACUUCGGCAAAGACCAUACUCGACGAUACUCGAUCCUAAUUACUCGCAUACACGUAUCCGUUUGAUAAUUAUUAUUCGUAAUAACAGUGGACUUUAAAAAGCGGUUGCAUGUAUUGGCAGUAUAAAUUUAAUAACGUUUGAACUUUUUUCUACUUUUCUACUUUUCUAUUUUUUUCUCCUUUGGUUUUGUGUGAUAAACGAGUUCUGUGUUGGCGACUCGGUAUUCGAAAUGUCAACCGCUGUAGUGUACAUACCUAUAUAAAAUAUAAUAAAAUAAAUGCAAGUACACUUGUUAUAAUAAUAAUAAUAGUAUGUGCUGGAUGACCUCGGUUACUCGUCGUUGACUCAUUGCUUUGCAGCAGACAUCGCGUACCGCUAUUCGACGAGAGGGGAAAAAAACAGUGGAAUACUAAUAGCGGGUAAUAAUUUAUCUUCGAUUAUUAUUAUUAUCGGUACUUCCUAUAAAAAAAAGAAAAAGAAAACCCAAAAACUAAUCGAUCGAACGAAAAAAUUGAUGUGAGCGACGUCACGUUGUCGGUGACGUUAGGGAACAACAAUAAAAUUGCAACUACAACAAUACAAUAUAAAAUGUUGUAACCAGACACAUGAAACCACAAUUCCAUUGUUCUAUUAUAUUAUAUCACCGCAAUAAAUACCACGCCGCAGUUUUUCUUUUUCGCUCCCCCCGAAUGGAUUUUCCAUGACCGCGGAAACCGUUUGUGACUGGCAGUGUUUAAUGUAUAGGUAUAUAAUUCCGUUUCGGAUUGAUGCGCCAAGUCGACGAGAAAAAAUAAUAGAAAAACGGAAAAAAUUACAAUGUAGAAAAAAAAAAAAACCACCGGGUGUACGAUUGUAUCUCGCGAUAUCGGAAUUCACGUAUUUAUUAUACGGGCGUAUAUAACUGGACAUAACUGCAACAGCAGAAGCCACGUUACAAUUAUUUUCAUCGACGACCUGACUCGGAAUUUGUAUACCUAUUUUAUAAAAGCGUUUUUUUUUCUCCUUUCGUGUUUCAUCAUUAUUUUAUUUCGCGAAUUUCACAUAUACUAGCAAUGGCGAAAUCGUGUUUAUCUUCACGGCCCCUUGUUCAUCGUACACAUAUAUUAUAAUAAUGUAUGAUAUUGCGACCGAUAGUUUGGUCGCAUAUGGACUUGAAUAGUUUCCUAGACAUAAAACUACGUUAUCCGUUUUCGUCUCGAACUACUAGAACGGCCGGCGAAGAAGACCCGCGAGUGUAUCUACACAGAGUAUUAUUAUCUUGCAACAGACUUGUAUAAAAAUACUCUUUAAACGUAUGUUGAGUACAAAAACAGAUAUUUUUUCUAAUUUAUUUGGAAUACGUAAUCUCAGAGUAGCUCCCUAAAAAUUAUAUGUUUUGAGUAAGUACAAAUACAUAUUUUCGAAAAGUAUUUAUAAACACAAUCCAAUAUAUUUUUUUAAACAUCAUAUUAAACUAUAAACCGAUAUUAUAAUAAUGUUAUACAAUUGUGUAGAAAAGAUCACUGGUUAAUGUUUAUUAAAUUUAUGAUAUUUAAUCAAGUCAUUUUUUUAAAUUUCUUAACACUGUAUAUAUUUAAAUAGAGGUAGAAUUUAUUGCAGGUCGAUUUGUAAAAUAUUUAGAUGAUUGUAUAUACAGUCAUUUUUGAGAUAGAAAUAAGUCUUAUUACGUAUAAAGUUGCUUAAAGUUGUUGCUUGGUGAAAAAAUCUGAAUUUUUAGUAUCUAACUAUCUUAUUGUCUCCGAAAUCCCUAUUUCAACUGAAUCCCAAAUGUUUAGAGGUAUGCACUAACUUAUUAAAAUUAAUGAAGGUUUUGAAAUGUAUUCGAUUAAAAUGGUACGCCAAAAGUCUUCGUGAGUGCCUACUGCCCUUAUCUAGUUAAAAUUUUUAAAAUUUUUAAAUAAAAAUCCUAGAAAUCUUUUAUUCCAUCAUAUAAAAAAACCGAGGAUUUACUGCCCGAUAUUUGAUAUAAUAGCUAAUUUAAAUAUUGAUUCCUGCAGAACUAAGGUAGCUGUAAUUAUUAAUUUUUCAAUAAUAGAUUCCGAAUAUAGCAAGGGAGCUAUUGGUUUUACAAUGAUGUUUAUUAUUUUUCCUUUUUUGUUCUAGUCUGUGGACACGUAUUUUCCUAGUAAACUUGCUCCGAUUUUUACGUGUAGUAAAAGCUCAAGUUUUCUAGAUGGUAGAGAUCAUACUUUCAUAUUUGACACCAUUUUUUGAAUAAAAGCACUUCAGUGGGAAAAAAACGUAGGAAAACGUACAAUUUCACGAUUUCGUUUUUAGAUUAAAACACGGACGACGUUUUCUAUCAGAAAAAAUGAUGUAAUUAAAAACUUUUGAGCUUUUAAGGAAUUUUAAUUUUUGGGAGUCUUUUUUUUGUAAUUCGAUUAUAAUACACAUAGAGACUUGAAACUUGGUAAUAAUACUUAUAUUGGACUUCCUAGACAUGGUAAAAUUUUCAAAAUUAUCGGACGACUUUUUUUUUUAUUAAUAAACGUUUUAAAAUUAAAUUUAAAUGAAAAACGAAAAAAAAAAAUACGGCCCUUCAAAUUAUGUAUUAUCGAACUGCGCUCGGAAUCGUCUUUCGUCAAGCAAUGGUUGCUUAUAUCGUUGCUUAUCGUUGCUUAUACAUAUAAAUGAAAUAACCUUGAAAUAUCCUACCUUUCCAACUUCUCACCUAUUACACUGGCCGUUCCCAUACCCAGUAUCAGCUCUUUUUUUUUUGUGUUUUGAAUUUAAACCGGUUGAAUAAUUAAUCAUGUAUCUAUACGGUCUAUAACUGAGUUAUAUUAUGUUUAUUGACAAUAGAAUUAGGUAUCUAUUUUCGUGAUUAAUUAAUGUAUACAGUAUUAAUUCAGUGUAAUUUUAAAAUUUGAACAAUAAAAUAUUAUUCGUGUUUGUAAACGUGAUAAAGGUCAAAAAAACGAUUACAUGAAAUACGUUACAUAUAAUUAAAGCUGAUAUAUAAUUAUGUACAUUAUUCACGUAGGUAGAAUUCAAUUUAUAUAUAUAUAGAAAAAAUCAAAACAAUUAUCAACAUUACGAGUAUUCUUUAUAAUAUUUUCUUUUUUUUUAAAAUUUAAUUCUAUUAAAACGUACAUUUGCACGAUGCUCAUUAAUUGUAUAUUAUGCAGUUAAUAGUCAGAUUUAGUGAUUAUUUUUGUAUAGCAUUGCAGGCUAUUAUAAUAUACAUAUAUAUAUAUAUAUAUACCUAUCUGCAGCAUAUUGUUUAUGGUUCGUUAAUUGUUGCAAUUAUCAGUGUAUGCAAUGGAGCUGUGUUAUAAUAAUAUAUUUUUCCAUGUAUCCACCCCCAAUCCAGUGUGACCUUUUUUUUUUUCGUUUUGCUUGUCUACCCUUUUACUAAGGCUUUGAUUUUAAAUAGUUAUUUUUUACCCAUAUUCAACAUAUUUAACAGGGAGCGCUCUUGCAUACCCGGAUUCACUGACCCAAUCGCAUAACAAUAACAAGUUUGUUCUUUUGAUCAAACAGCUAAGGAGUAUAACAUAAUCGCAAUUACAUUUAAUUGAUUAAAAGUAUUUUCAUAAGUAACAUUCAUUGUUUUAUUUUCAAUAUUAGUCAAUAUUAGCCGUCGUUCAGUCGUGUUAUCUAAAAGUAAAUUAUCGUUAGAUGUCUAGAUAAUUAUAUGCAUUAAGUAUCUUGUUCAUUUGUUGUAUCUAUAUUCUAUAUUACUAUUUAUGUUAAUUAAUACUGUAUGAAUAUGUAUAAAUAUUAUAAAUUAUUAAACUGAUUAGUGUUUAAAAUGACACCUACUUCAAAAAUAAGCGUGGCAUAAGGCACAUUUGGUAUAACGUGUGUGCGCCACUGUGUGCAUGUGUUUAUCACUUUAUUAACAAUAUUAUAAUAGUAUAUUAAUUGAUUAACGUUUGUUUUAUAGAUUAAAAAGAGACCAACAGGAGUUUAUCGACCACAGAGGACUGCAUGUAGUAGUGGGACACUACAUGGGAGACGUUAACAACGUCGGGACGAAUGUGAAUCUCACCGAUGGUAAAUAAUUAUAAAUGUUAUUAACUAAUUUCCUAAUAAUAAUAAUUUGGAGUCCAGAUAUUUUAAGUAUUCUUCUCCCCUUUCCCAUAUUUUAAAGAUACUUCAGUCUUACGUUGAUAUAUGAGUUACGCGUCCCCCGUGUCCUGUCCUAGGUCGUUGAAAUACGUUUGAGAAUAGUUUUUAUCGUCAAUCAAUAGCUUUUUGACUAUUUUGUUCCGAAUUAGAAUAAUUAUCGUGAUGUACAGACUUGUCUUCGUAAAAAUAUUCAAUCGUUUUGCGUCUAGUUUUCCGUUAUUGUCUGUUAUUAGUAUAUAUUCAAACAAUAGUUUUUUUUUUUUUUUGAAUUCUUCAGUGUUUUUUUGCUUUAUUUUAAGCGAAUUAAAAGAAAAAGAAAUAUAUAUUUUAUAGACAUUCGAACUGUAACUGUCGGUAUAAUAAUACGCGUUUCCUUCAAGAGCCCCGUGCAGUUCUUUUUGAUCUAAAAUAACGACCACCAUUAAAAAUAUUUAACUAUAUACAACUAAUGGCCAUAUCCUUAUUUUUCUUUUAUAUAUAUUUACAAGUUAACGAUAUUGUAUAAAUGGUUCUGACGACGAUGGUAAUUUCCUUGUGAAAUGAACCGAUGGCCGUGACAAUUUUUUACUUCUGUAAUCCUUCAAAAUAAAAGGGGUUAUUAAUGUAUAUUAUUAUGAUUCCUAUUUUUGUAAUAAUGAUAUAAUGUAUUUUUAAUAUUCUCACCCGGUUUCCUGCUCCGUUUAACUAUUAUAUAGGUACCGUUUCUUACAAGUACGUGAAGAAGAUAUUAUAUUUUUUUUGUUACCGCAGAGUUGCUCAAUCGAAACAUGUUCGACCCGAAACCGAAGGAAGGUCGUGACGGGAUUCCUGUCGUCAUACCGCCUCACAUGUCUUCCCAGAUGCAAAAACUCUAUAGAAUCAACAGGUUCAACUUGAUGGCCAGCGAUCGUAUACCGUUAAACAGGUCACUGCCGGACGUCCGCAAAAAACUGUAACUAUAUUCAGCAAUAAUAAUAUACUACCGAACGCAGUUAAAAUUAUUAAGGGCAGAUCCAGAAUUUGUUUACGGAGGGGGCAUCUAAUUUUGAGAAAUGUCUACUAUAAUUGUAUUUUUAAUUAUUAAUGAAGCAUUACAAAUGCAUUACAAAAUUAUAAGGAAGUCGUAUUAUAGAAAGUAUGGACAUUAUUAGUUAUUACAAAUAAAAUAUUUUUGUUUUGUACGUCAUGAUAAAGUGAUAUGUAAUACCAUUGUUAUAAUUUAUAAUCAAUGGUAAUAUGUAUAGAAAAUAAACACAAAUAAAAUUGUUUUUCCUUUUUUUUUUAUUUUUGCUUCCACCCUUGAACAUUAUUUGACAUUCAACUAAUAAUCAUUUUCUAUAGGUGUAAACUGAAAAAGAUUAAUAUUGAUAAACUUCCGUCCAGUUCCGUGAUAAUCGUUUUUCACGACGAGGCUUGGUCGACGUUAAUGCGAACCGUGCAAAGUGUUAUCGAUCGUUCGCCAAAGUCUUUGCUGAACGAGAUAAUUUUAGUGGACGAUGCUAGCAGUCGAAGUACGUAUAUAUAAUUGUUGAAUGUAGUUUUUUUAUAAAAAUUCAUGAACGUUUUACGUCUUAUGAUAUAUUUUAUGAUAAAAUCGUCGAUAAUUAUUACAAUUUGGCUUAUAGUGUUUACACAGUUAAAUAUUUGUUGAAACAUUGUUUACAUGUGUAAGUCUUAAAAUAUUUCAGAAAUGUUCCUAAAAUAUUUUAUGAAUUUGUCAAAUAUUAUGCGAUAACUCGUUUAAUACAAAUUUCUUUGCCAAUUUCGUUAUCAGUUUUAUAAAUUUAUUCAGUAAUAGUAAGAGAAUGUUUUUAUUUUUGUAUAAAGUAGUAUAAAUAUGUGCCGUAAAAAGAAACGUUAAAUCCCACCAUCAAUUUUUAAAUUAUUUAGAUAUAAUACGUAUUUACCUAAGGACAAAGUCUGAUGGUCGUUUUUUAAACAGGUAUUUAAAGUUUAACACAAUUCAAAUAUUCAACUUCGCGUAGUUUAUUAGACAGGAAAAACGUUUUUUACCUAAGCCUUUAAGUAAAACUAUAAUAGUCCUAUUGUAGUUACCAAACCGAGUAGUUUAUCACACAAACUGCUAUAUAGGUGAGAUUUUUGUUUGGAAAUAUUGCAGUAUAUUGUUGAAAUAUCAAUGCUGAGCUCAUGUAGUCCAGAAGAAAAAAAAAUAUAUAUAAUGUAUAAAAAAUUCAAUAAAAAAACAAAAACUAACAAGGUUAUUAACAGUUUAGUAUGGUCAUUUUUUUAGCCAAAGCUAGGUUGAAAACAUUCUUCUUUUUAUGUUUUUUUUAGAUUCGUGUUUAAACAUUAAUUUCAACCUGAAUGAAAAUGCCACAAUUUAUGUUUUAAGUAACGACGUAUUUUUGUUGUGUUGACCGUUAGUUAAACCGAUAUAGAAAAUGUGGGUACAGAGCACCUUGUAAAUACAUAUGAUAACUUUAAUAAUAGAAUAUAUUAUUAUACAUAUAAAGAGGCACACGCGCGUUUCCCGGUGAUGGCGAGUUCACAAAAUGCCCUAUGGUGUUUUGGUUCUGUCAUAAUAUUAUGUAAAUUGAGUAUAAUACUCCUCACUCGUAUAUUAUAUCGCUUCGGGUUGUAAACAAAAGCGAUACCAAUAAUACUGAUUAAACUGCAGCUUCAUAUCAUGUGUUUAAUCUGUUGCGUACUGUACUGUAACUAUGAAAAUACAAUGUUCACGAUGCCUUUAAAAAUCUUGUGUUUAAAAUAUAGUCUCUAUAUAUAGUGUUCAGACAGCAUGUGUUAAUUAAUUUACACAUUUUAACAUUGGAUUUGAUAGGUACGACGGAAUUGUUCACAUAAUACAUUAUAUUUUUUUGUUUACGUUUUAAACUAUAAAUAACACAUAUUUAUUUGUAUUUUUCGUUUACAGAUACAGUAACGCAAUCUCGGUAAAAAAAAAUCUGGGAGUGCUGAUACCCCCUAGGUAAAAUAAACUAGUUCACAAACAUACGGGGUCUAUACCUCUUAUCCCCUCCUAUUCUACGACAUUAAUUAACUUUUGGUUGUACAAAUAAAUUUAAAAACAAGUUAUAGAUUUACAAUACAAUAAUUUCCAUUUUGAUGGUUAGGAAGGUUAGAUAAUUACUAAUUACAUAUGCCAUGUAAUAUUUAUUAUAAGAAACCAUGUAUAAUCGUAGAACUAGGUAAUUAGGUACCUAGAUGAAGCAAUAUUGGAAUACUUGAGGUUAUGUUCAAUGAUUUGUUUUCCUUAAGCACGCCUAAGCCCCCUCAAUUUCACCCAUGCCUAAAUAUUGUUUUUUUUUUUUUUUGGAUCAUAAAGUCUACCCUAGAAUUGACUGGGUCCAUUGUAGAUAUUAACAUUUUUAAUAAUUAUACCUUUCUACCUAUUAUUAUUAUUGUCUUUUUUUAUGAUUAUAUAACCUGUUAUAGAAUUUUUGGGUAGUGAACUAGACGAUUACGUUGCCAAAUUACCCGUGUCAACGCGGAUUUUACGUUCAUCGAAAAGGAUCGGUCUGAUAAAAGCCCGACUCAUGGGAGCGCGGCAAGCAAAAGGGAAAAUAUUAGUUUUUCUCGACGCGCACUGUGAAUGCACACAAGGUAAAUAACAACGAGUGCUGUGAAUUUAACGCACUAAAAUACAUUAUUUUAAAAACCAUUUUCCAAAAAUAGGUCAAAAUGCAACAGCGAUAGUGCAUUUAAAAUUUCAAAAACCGCACUGAGUUGUAAUAAAAUACAAUAACAUAUUUUAUUAGAUAAAUAAAUCAUACAUUUUUAAUGUACAUAAUCGUUUCGUAUUAAAAGUUAACAACAAUUGCUAAAUCUCCUUCAACAAUUUAUUGGAAUAAUAAAAAUUAGAAUAAAUUAUCUAAAAAGGAUGAAAAGCCAAUUGAAAGUUUCAAAACUGAGCUUACAAUGUAGUUAUAUAAUUCAAACUUAGCGUUAAAUAUGUUCUACGUUUUACGAUAUGCUUAAAAAAAGGAAUUUGAUACAGAAUCACAGUUCUGUUUAGUAAUAAUAUUGUUCGAAUGGUAUUUUUGAUUAAAUUUCACAUAAAGAUACUAAAUCACGUUGUUUAUUACAUGUAGGUUGGUUGGAAGGUCUUGUCAGUCGGGUGGCCGAGGACCGAAAACGGGUCGUGUGUCCCGUGAUCGACAUAAUAAGUGACGAGACGUUUGCGUACGUCAAAAGUUUCGAACUGCACUGGGGCGCUUUCAAUUGGGAUCUGCAUUUUCGGUGGUACACGCGGACCACAGCUGACACAAUGAAAAGGCAGCGGGACAUCACACAGGCGUUCAGGACCCCGGCGAUGGCAGGCGGAUUGUUCGCUAUGGACAAGUCAUACUUUUUCGAAUUAGGCGGCUACGACGAAAAAAUGGAAAUCUGGGGUGGAGAGAAUCUGGAACUCUCGUUCAGGGUACAUUUGGAAAUAGUGCAAUAAUUACUAUAAUAAUAUAAUAUAGGUCUCGGAUUUCGACACGAAGUCAAAUUUUAAUUAUUUUUAUUAAUCAUAAUAAAAUUAUAUUGAAAAAUAAAUAAAUUUACAAUAAUUAUUUUGAGUAAUGUUGGAUAAGAGUUCUGAGUAUAUACACUUAUUUUCUUAUGUGUCAAAUAUACUUAUUAAUAUUUAAAAGUGAAAUUUUUAUUUUGAGUUUUUCGUCGUUUUUUACUUACGACUGACUUAUUUUUAGGUCUGGCAGUGUGGCGGUAGCAUCGAAAUCGCACCGUGUUCUCACGUCGGGCACGUGUUUCGAAAAUCGUCACCUUACACGUUUCCUGGAGGUGUUUCUCAUGUACUGUACACAAACUUAGCUCGCGUGGCUUUGGUCUGGAUGGAUGAAUGGCAGGAGUUUUAUUUCAAAUUCAACCCGGGUAUUUGUGAUUUCGUUGGUAUAAACCAUGAUAAUAUUAUAACCGCGUUGUAUCGAUUAUUUUUUAGAAGCCGAAAAAGUCCGUGAUGAACAACAGAUCCGAACAAGACUGGAGCUUAGAGACCGGUUGAAAUGCAAAGGAUUUAAAUGGUAUCUGGACAACGUAUGGCCGGAACACUUUAUGCCAACCGAUGAAAGGUUUUUCGGCAAGGUAAACACAUUUUGUUGAAAACCUUCUAUGUAUUUUUUUUAAUUUUUUUUUCUGGUAGAAAACAUAAAGCGUUAAAUAUACAUUAAUGAAAUCGUAACUCCAUAAAUUUGUCAGUUUUUCAUUUUCGUCUUUUUUCGGUUUUUCCAGUUAUUAUGAAAACUUGUUGGAAAAUCAAUAACGACUUAAUUUAUGAACACCUAUAUCCAAAAAUACAAUAAAAAAGGUCACUCGGCAUUUUUCGAUUAAUACAAUAUUUCUGGUUGAAAACAUUAUUCAUCAAAAUUAAAUCGGCAACGUUACAAUGCGCGACGUAUCGUUAAUAUUUACUAUAUUUCCGAUAAUUUUUUUCCGGUUUUUCCUAAUUAUUAUGAAAGCCUUUGGAAAAUCAAAAAAUGACCGUCUCAAUACACCAACUAGAUAAAAUUUCCCUUCAGAAAGGGUGUUGCAUUUGAUACAUCGCGCAUCGGAGCAAUAUUUCUGGUAGAAAAAAAAAAAAAUCACGCGUCAUAGUAAAAACCAAUCGCUACGCUCCGAAUCUAUAAACCAUAUUAAUUAUAAAAGUAUUUAUACGUUUUGUUAUUGUUAUAAUGAGCUAAACGUUUCAUUUCCGUUUUUAAACUCAGUUUUAUAUUAUCUAUGAAAUGUUCCUAUGUAUUUAAAUUGCGUUGGAUGAGCGGCACUACACGUACCACGUAAACUAUCAUUUCCGUCCAUUGCGGACAUGGCGUUUAUUAGGAUAAUGGCUAUAACCGUGUACAGUAUACAGUUUGACAACGACACACCCUUUCCAUUUCAGAUAAAGCACGUGCUGUCGAACAAGUGUCUGGAAAAACCCUCAGGACGUGGUUCGCUCAACCAGCCGAUGGGCCCGGUCAUGAUUGGCGGGUGUGACGUGCAGGGCCGGCCGUCGUUGUCACUCAUGUUCGUCAUGGCCCCGGAAGAAGGGCUUGGCUCGGGCGUGUGGACCGGGUCGCUCAUGACGGACGAGUCUGUGUGUUUGGACACGCCCGAACUGGAAGCAGCGGACGAAAUUGCGCUCAAAGUCAGAAUCGUGGCUUGUACGGGCCAAAAGAGGCAGAGGUGGAGGUACGACGCUGAGGUCAGUACCCCCUCGGAUUUUCGUACUCGUGUCAUAUGCGGCGUAUUUUGGGGACAGAGAAUUAUCCUUGAAUUGACAGCACACCCCACAAAUGAAAUAACAAAAUUAAACUGUACGCCGCCGUAUAGAGAUUUCAUAACCCGAACACUCGUCGUACAUCACCUAUCUAUGUACAUAUUAUUAUUUAAGAAAGACAAAAAUACUGUUUAUGGAAAAUUUAAUACACCUAAGUAGCGGACCUAGAAUGUUCUUAUGGAAAGGAGGGGAAGACAUAAAUUGUGUAAAUUCUUCACAAAAGUUAUGUUACAGCUACAACAAUAUUAUUAAUAAAUACGGCAAUCGUAUAUAGUAUAACUAUUUGUUUAUGAAAUAAGCAAUUUUUAGCAAUGCCUACGUACGAGACCAUGGGAUGAUGCCUUUAUCGCCCGUCCCUCUCAGAUACGCUACUGCCCCAACCAGAAUAACCUAACAAAUACGCUGCAUGAUAAUAAUAAAAUUCAUUUUAUGGGAUAUUGAUUUUAAAGUAAAAUAAUUUAGAGAAAAUAAAUUAAAAACGUACAGCCUGCUGCGGAGUAUUAUGCGUUUUGUUUAAAAUGGAACAGAACUCAAUACACGGCAGGCUAAAGAUGCGCAUUUUUCCCUUAAACGUUAUUUCCAUUCUGACGUAUUUUAAUAAUCGAUUUACUUUUGCAUUAUAGACGAUGAGUUUGGUUCACGUGGACACCGACUUGUGCCUGGACAUGCCGGACGGCGAAUUGAGUAUCGUGCUCAGAGGAUGCGCGGAUCAUGCUAGUCAAAAGUGGAUUUUUGAACAAAUCCCCUGGAAGUAGUAUACUCCAUAAUUUUGUCGCGAGUGCAGCUGAGUAUACCUAUAUGUUACACUCCGAGAGUGUACGUCCAUUGAUAUCGUUAUCGAAAUAUUAUUAUUUUCAUCGAAUUGUGCGAUGUCUUAAUGUUCCUGUAGAAAAAAAAAAAAAAGACCAUUUAUUUUAGUAAAACGGUAUACGGUGUACUUAUACUUAGGUGCAGUACACUUUACGUAUGCAUUUUUAACCCCGUGUUAUUACUCUAAAUUAUUUUUUCUAUUGUUUGUAUACUUACUUUGUGUAUGUUGUUAACAAAAAAAAAAAAAAAUGUAUCCAUCCAAGGCUUAUGUGUGUUGAUUUCUUAACACCAAUAUUCUCAAACGAAUUUUCUAUUUUGCCACGAAUUUAUUAUUAAUAUAACACUUACCUAUAUACAGAGUAUGCAGUAUUUAGAGUAAUAGUAUUAUUUAAAUCUAACGUUUAAAAUUCAUAAAAAAAAUAAUUAAAAACUUGUGAAUAAAUAUUAUUCAAUUUAAAAAUUAAAAUAAUGUAUACCUGCGAUGUAAUAUGCUAUGUGUUUCAUUCAAUUGAAGGCAACUACUCCAGAUGCCCUAAAAUAUUUUUACUAUUUAUA